UUGGAUUAUCAGUUCUCACACUCCCGAAAAUUGCAAUCUUGUACCUCAUUGCCACGCGAAAGUAUUUAUGUCCGAACUGCCUUUUCCCUCUUCUUUUUACAUUAACAAAUUAUUAUUUCUUAUAUUUUUAAACAUGAAAGUCGUCAGAAAGAUUUUUGAUACCUCGCGCAAAGGCCAGAAAAUUGUGACAAACAUAUACAGCCCGCCGGCUGCUUCUUCGAGCGUGGCAAAAGCCGGAUCCAAGCGGUUGACGCUGCUCAUAACUCACGCAAAUGGCUUUCACAAAGAAAUCUGGGAGCCGACACUCAAGCGGCUAUUCUCCCACCAAAGCGACAAAUGGCACAUUGAUAAGGCGGUUGCCAUGGACGCGUACAACCAUGGCGACAGCGCAGUUAUUAAUCGGUCAAACAUUUCCAACGAGGAGCUUUCGUCGUGGUUUGAGAACAGCCGUGACAUCCUGGCGGUGAUCCGGCAGCUGCAGGAGCAAAAGGAAUGCGCCAGCGGGGCCCAGAGCAUUAUUGGGAUUGGCCAUUCCUGGGGUGCCAGCUCCUUGCUGCUGGCUGAAAUCGCCUCUCCACUCACAUUUGCUGCCUUGGUGCUCACCGACCCAGUGCUGCAUAAGACGAUGAAGAGUGAAGACGGGUUUAUUAAGACGACAAAGAAGCGUCGCUGGCAGUGGGAUGACGAGAAGGCUGCCCGAGCGUAUUUCGAGGGUCACCAUUUUUUCAAAAUAUGGGACAAGCGCUGCCUCGAUUUGUACAUAAAGUACGGGUUGGAGGAGGCGGGUGGCAAGUUAGUGUUGAAAUGCCGUCCAACAAAUGAGGCUGCUGUGUUCUUGGGUGCCACUUACUCCUCGUCGUAUGCCACGGUAAACCUGUGGCGAGUGCGCUGCCCGACGGCAUUUUUAACCGGUGAAACGUCGCUGCCUGGGCCGCCCGAGUACAUUAGAGCCAUUGCACAGCAAAUGCCAGAUGGCCGCCACGAGGUGAUGAAUGGUGUCGGGCAUCUGGUUGUGCACGAGGAUCCGGAUCGCACUGCUGACAAUAUCAUAGGCUUUUUUGACGGGUUUGCGCCAAAGAUAAACAGCAGAGCAGAAACUGCCAAGUCUGUUCAAUUUGCUGCCGCUGCGCAGGCCAAGCUUUAAACAGCGCCUUUAUAGAAAUUCAUGUGUUUACUAGACAAUUAACAAUAAAAACUAAACA